AUGGCUUUCCUUCCCAAUCUUGUUGCCACUCCAAUGUCUCUUGCCAGCUCCUACUCCAAGCCCGUCACUCUCGGUAUCAUCGGUGGCACCGGUCUCUAUAAGCUCGGAGCUUUGACACCCGUUGCUCAGAUCGACAUCGACACUCCCUGGGGCAAGCCUUCUUCUCCUAUCACCAUCUCCGAGACCAAGUCUGGUUUCCCUGUGGCCUUUCUUGCCCGACACGGUGUCAAUCACGAUCUGACCCCCACUGACGUUCCCUCUCGAGCCAACAUUGCUGCUCUCAAGAAGGUCGGAGUCAAGGCCAUUGUUGCCUUUUCUGCCGUUGGAUCUCUUCAGGAAGAGAUUGCCCCCCGAGACUUUGUUGUCCCCACUCAGAUCAUCGAUCGAACCAAGGGUAUUCGACCCUCGUCUUUCUUCGAGAAGGGUUUCGUUGGCCACGUUGGAUUCGGAGAGCCAUUUGACGUUGCUCUGGGAAAACUUGUGGCCGAGCACGCCGACAAGGCCUUUGAUAACUCCAAGUAUAAGAUCCACACCAAGGCCAAGGCCGGAAAGGACCUGACUCUCGUCUGCAUGGAGGGCCCGGCCUUUUCGACCCGAGCCGAGUCACAGCUCUACCGAUCGUGGAACGGAGCCGUUAUCAACAUGUCUGCCAUUCCCGAAUCCAAGCUCGCCAAGGAGGCCGAGAUCGCCUACCAGAUGAUCUGCAUGAGCACCGACUACGACGCAUGGAAGGAGGACGAGGAGCCUGUCACUGUUGAGCAGGUUGUCUCCAACCUCACUGCCAACGCCGAGUCUGCUACCGGUGUUGUCGAGGCUCUUCUUGAGCCCCUCGAGAAGGCCCUUGCUGACAAGUCCAUUGGCUACGAUCUGGACGGAUCCAUGAAGUUUGCCGUUUCCACUGCUCCCGCUGCUCGAGACGCAACUGUUGCCAAGAACCUCGACUUCCUGCACCCUGGCUACUGGUAG